AUGAUUGAACGUCUCAGGAAGGUAAGCCUGCCGGCUCUUUCGGCGGUUAUCCUGUUUUGCAGUUAUCACUAUGCACGGAUCCUUGGAGUGAUUUGUUUUGACAUUGGACAAAGGACCUCCGACAAGUCCUUGGUGGCUCGCAAUCAGCAUCGAUUCAAGUGGUUCUGCCUGAGUGUGCGACUAAUAAGCGCCACAUCAGUUUGCUGUUUCUGUGCUCCUUACGUGGCGGAAAUCGAGGAUCCUUACGAGUGGAUGCUGCAAUGCCUCCGUCUUUCGGCCAGCCUCAUUUGUGCCGCCUGCAUUGUGGUGGUUCAGAUUGGCUAUGAUAAGGAGCUGCUCCUGUUGGUCAACAGUUUCCUGCGGCUAUUUCGUCGUCUUCGUCGUUUGUCGUCCUUAAAACGGAUUGGAUUCGGCGGCAAACGGGAGUUCUUUUUGCUCACUUUCAAAUUCACCUGUUUGGUCUACGAAUUGUACUGCGAGUUGGGCCAGCUGUGGAAUCUACCCGACUGGUUAAGUUUCUUCACGAUAGCGUGUGAAAUAAUCCUCGAAAUAGGUUCCCUGAUGAUUAUACAUAUUGGCUUCUUUGGAUACCUCAGUGUAGCCGCUCUUUAUUCCGAGGCAAAUAGAUUUGUGCGUUCUGAGCUAAGAAGACAGCUAAGGUCUCUGGAGCGUCCUGGCGGAGGUCCUGUAAGUCGACGGCAGCUUAGGAUUGUCGAAAAUCGCCUGGAUGAGUGUAUAUCGGUUUACGACGAAAUCGAACGCGUGGGCCGCUCGUUUCAUCGCCUCUUGGAACUGCCCGUUCUCAUAAUUCUUAUUGGAAAGAUAUUCGCCACGACCGUUUUGUCCUACGAGGUGAUCAUUCGAGCUGAGUUGUAUCCCAGCAAAGUCGGUAUGUGGGGCCUGGUGGUGAAAAGUUUCGCAGACGUAAUACUUCUCACCCUGGCGGUUCACGAGGCGGUUAGCAGUUCCCGGGUGAUUCGACGUCUGAGUUUGGAAAACUGUCCCAUUAGCGAUCACAAGGAGUGGCAUGUCAAGUGGGAAAUGUUCUUGAGUCGCCUGAACUUCUUCGAGUUUCGCGUAAGGCCCUUGGGAUUGUUUGAGGUCUCCAACGAAGUGAUCUUGCUCUUCUUGUCCAGCAUGAUCACCUAUUUCACUUACGUCGUGCAGUACGGCAUUCAAACAAAUCUAUUGUGA